AUGCAAGAGAAUGCAGCACAGCCGCAUCGGGAGGCAUUUCUUGCAUGCCCUGCUCUUGCAUUUGACAUCUGGCCAUUCUCCGGUUACCUAGCCACAAUCACGCUUCCCAAGGUAGCACAGCACCACGAGGCAGAAGACUUCAAAGUCACCAUGUCGCAGCGACAGCCUCUAGCUAUCGUUGGCUAUGCCUAUCGGGCACCCGAUGUUGGUCGGAAGGGUCUUUGGGAGUUUUUGGAGCAAGGAAAACUCGCAUGGUCGCCGGUACCCUCUAACCGAUUCAACCAUGAUGCCUAUUAUCAUCCAAACGCGGAGAAAGCGGGCUUCAUCUCGUCCAAGGGGGGUCACUUUCUGCCAGACGAUCCGUACGCUUUUGAUCCAUCUUUCUUCAAGAUCAGCGCCGAGGAAGCAAAGUUCAUGGAUCCUCAGCAGCGGUGCCUACUUGAAUGUGCCUUCGAGGCUGCAGAGAGCGCUGGUAUUCCACUUUCGGAUCUCCUGGGCUCCAACACGGGAGUUUUUGCAUCCGGUACCGAUCCAGACCACGCCAUUGCGAUCGCAAAGGAUUUGAUGAACUCAUCCAAGUACGCCGCUUUUGGAUCUUCGCAAUCCAUGUUCGCCAACCGCUUGUCUCAUUUCUUUGGUCUCACUGGACAAAGCGUUGCUAUAGACGCGGCCUGCUCUUCCAGUACCUACGCCCUGCAUCUCGCGUGGCAAAGUAUUCUGACUGGAGACUGUUCUACGGCCUUUGUCGGAGGCUCGAAUCUACUCAUCGGCCCGUUUGGGUGGACAGGACUUGAUCAGCUGGGGAGCUACACAGGUAUUUCGUUGCCUUCCCGUAGUAGCCAAGAAGAGCUUCUGUUCAAUUUACAUCGCGAUGUUGGAAUGGAUCCCGAUGAGACUUUAUUUGUGGAGGCCUAUGGUACUGGAACCCCUGUUGGGGAUCCAAUCGAUGCCGGUGCUAUUGCAUCAGUAGUCGGACGUCACAGAUCGCCCUCCAAUCCCGUAUAUAUCGGGGCAGUGAAGUCAAAUUUUGGCCAUCUCGAAGGUGCUAGCGGCUUCGGUGGAAGCAAUGCAGCGAUCCUGCUCGAACAGGGGUCAAGGGAGCUCUCCGAGGAGCAUCGCGUGAUGACCAACGGAAACGGCACCAGAACGAACGGCAUUGAGGGUGCAGUGGACGGUAACGAUGUCUACCAUGGUAUCAAAGGCGUUCGGCUAAAGAAGAUGAUCGAAAGUCAUGUUGACACACUGGAAGGUUUCAACAACAUGAUGACGCCUAGUGGUCAUGCCAACAACGGCGUGGCGGAGCAUUUAUAUGUCUUCUCUGCGCAAUCUCGGAAUAGUCUUGAGGCCUACCAAUUUUCCCUUGCAGACUACUUGGCAGGGAAACCAACCUCGGCUGAAUUUGCCAAAAGCCUUGCCUAUACUCUCGGGCAGCGAAGAACGCAUUUCGCUCACCGUGUCGCGUUGGUGGCAGAGUCUACAAGGCUACUGAAGGAUCAGCUGCAGUCGGUGGCCAAAAGUACGAGACCAGGGAAGACGGAAGACCCUAUAGUACAACUUCUUGUGACUCUGGGAGCUACGUGGUCCCUGAGCGAAGAACUCAACAGGGACAAGCUCGAGUCCCGGAUCAAUGAUCCCGAAAUCAGUCAACCGGCAUGUACUGCAAUACAGCUUGCCCUUGUCAUUCUGCUUAAGUCAUGGGGCAUAUUUCCUGCAGCCGUCCUCGGACAUUCCAGCGGGGAGAUUGCAGCAGCCUUCACUGCUGGCCUUGUUUCAUUCGAAGCUGCAAUUGCGAUUGCCUAUUUCCGGGGCAUCGCUGCUAAGGAGAUUGCUGCUGAUCAAGGUGUAGACGGAGCCAUGUUAGCCGUCGGGACGAGUGCCCAGGAAGCACGAAAGCUGUUGCAAGGUUCCAAAGGCUAUGCAGUUGUUGCAGCGGUCAACAGUCCUAACAGCGUGAGUCACUACUCCUUGAAUGGAACACAAACAGCCCGAGGUCCGUAG